AUGAGUCAGAAUCAGCAACCGUACGGAGUGGGGCGAAACCAGGGUGGAGGGUCUGUUAAACGUGCCAGAGAGAUGUUGAACGCUGGCGCACGCGGGCAAGACCAGAAUGAUCGAGGAAUGCCACCACCACUGCGACCAAGGCCGACGCAUAGUCGUUCCAGUUCACAGGAAGCAGAAAUCGAGAUUGGUUACCAGUUUGAAGACGAUCCAAGAGGGCCAGUCCCUAUCAUGCCGAUUCAAGGGUUGCAGGUCCCGAGACACAACGGCCCCCCGCCUAGUUCCAGACGUGGUCCGUCAUCAGUCUAUUCUCGUUUGAUGACUGGCACUGCUGUGUCCCCCAUCCCGGAGGAAAGUUUCAAACAAAUCCGAAAGAAGAAGGAGUCGUAUGCAUCCAGCACAGUCAUCCCGUCUAGCUGGGGUUCAGGACCACCCAUGUCAGAUAUUCUCGACACUUAUGGUUCAGAACAAGAUGAGCCCAAACAAGACCCGAAGCGAAACAAACGUGAUUCAUUGACGAUUUUGCGACAAGCCAGUGUUGGAAAGCGUGGAAAGCCUGCUUUGCGCACUGUUGGCAAAACUCAGGAGCCGUCACCGUUGAAAGACGACAAGUCUAGCGAUAGCAGCUUGGGAUAUUCCACCGUCAACGGCUUGCAGCCUCGCGCCUCGUUGGAUUCGACAUCCACCGACACCGACUCGAUAGAUUUAGAAAAGGAGAGAAUUGAGAUCGAAAACGAGCAAAAAGCGCGGAGCAUUGGUAUUGGGUUUGGACUCGGCCGGCCUGGCGCUGGAAUGAGUAGCAGAAAGCCCAACUCUCAUCGACCUCCCGAGCUUGAUUUGAAUAAAACGCGGUCCGCCGAAGCCCACGGCAGUUUGACCAGUCUGCCCGAUCUUAUCCGACGCGCGACGAAGGUGGCUUCGAAUUUGGAACACGGACGGACAGCGAGUCGACUCGGUAUAUUGGACAUGUUUGAUUUCGGAGGCCAAGGAAAGCGGACGAGAGCCUCACACCAGCGCUCUUCUGCUUCCAUGUCGGAUAUCCUAGCCUCGUUUCCGCCUCCUCGUACUGGGACUCCUGAUGAGAGCGACCGAACGUCGUGGCCAUAUGCGCCAACCCAUGCCGCUGAGAAGUCUCGAUUACGGGAAAUGCAACGUAACUCAGCAGACGAGUCUCAGAAUGAAGGCAAACCACGUCGUCGGUGUUGCGGCAUGACGAUGCCGGUGUUUAUUUUUGUCUGUAUCAUUGUUUUGUGUGUUAUCGCAGCCGCCGUUGUAAUUCCUAUCGUCCUUGUGGUAAUUCCUCGGAACAACCACCAUACACAAUCGGCUGCCGCAGCCAACACAACGACAGCAGCGCCGACGUGCGAGCAGAAAUUACCAUGUAUGAAUGGUGGCGUCAGCAUCCAGUCUGGUAGCACGUGCUCGUGUGUUUGCGUUGAUGGAUUCUCCGGUACUCAAUGUGCCACUGCCAGCGAUGGUAGUUGUACGACGACCAAGACCUCGCAAAGCGGCAACGCCACUAUUGGAAGCUCACUUCCUGACUUGUUUACCCAGUCUGAGACUGACUUCAAUAUUCCCCUGAAUGAGACUGCGAUUCUCAGUCUGUUCAAUGCCAACAAUGUGUCUUGCACGGUACAGAAUGCAUUGGUUGAAUUUGCCGGCCUGACCUCGUCCAAAGUUCGGCGGGACCUAGACCUAGACCUAGAGACAGAACCAUUGGUAGUGGUACCGACAGCCCCGAUUAUCAAGCGGGCUACCACCACUCAGGCACCCGACGCCACAUACGUUCCGCCGAUUCUGAGUGUUCCCACGAGCAGCGCGACACAGGCUGCGGGGGCCAUGCAAACCGCCGCGACCGCCACAACGACCAAGACCGCGUCGACCACAUCCGCGUCAGCCUCUGCCUCAACUACCGCCGCCUCGGUCAACGGCACGGUAGCGCGGGUUUACGAGUUUGCGCGAGUUGCGGUGCUGUUCAUUUUCGAGCAGACGCAAGACAUCGCCGCCGCGUCCACCGCCCAAAACGACAUUGAUCUGUAUCUCUUGUCGAUGGAUGUCAGCACGAACACGAACAUGAAGAUGAGCGUGACCAAGCCGACGUCGUUUGUGCUCAGCUUUACCAAUUUCACGAUUACCUUGUCGAACGGGACGGUGGUGGGUGGCAACGCGACUGCCACUUGA